UUAAGUUUUUUGGGAAAUGCGUUUUAAAAUCAAUGUUCAGUGAUUAAUUUGGUUACUUCAUUCAUUAGUAAAAAUGUCAUAUGUAUUCAUCAACGGUUUCAUAAUCUUCACAAUGAGUGACAACAUUUGAGUUCAUUAUUAUUAGCAAAACUAAACACGAUGGUAUGUGAAUUGGACAAAGAUGUCGCAGGCGAAAUUUUGGGGUGGAAGCUGCCGGCAUGGCAGGCUUUGCUUUUGCACCGAGUUAUGCCAUCUUGCGGGGGGCUGGUGAUUUACCUGAUCGUCAUUUGCUACGACUUGGCACUAGUUUACGAACAGUUUCAGAAUAAUGAUAAUACGCUUUCAAUGUUCUGCUUGAUUAUAAUGGUGAUGCCUGCACUGCUGUCGCUGGUGUUCACUCUCGCCUCUCCACCACCAGGCUUGCAGACAGAGGAGUCAGCUUUCACCGUAAAAAUAAAGAAGACUGAUUUGCUAUGGAUUGUUAAAGAAUUUUUAAGUGCUCUCUUCUUUCCUAUUGCUGCGAUUGGGAGAUAUUGCUAUUUGAUAUUCUGGUGGAUAGAAGCGGUUUGUGCAUCUCGCAUGCAAGACGAGGCUCGGACCCGGGAAGCGAUUGCCAGAGCCCGCGCCCCAUCUUCAAUGGAGCUCUAUUUAUUUCUGCAGGCCUUCAUACAUUGCGCACCUUACGCCGUUAUCAAUAUCCUAGACAUGUUGGCACGCUAUUCGAGUCCGGACUUUGAUAAGAUUAAUUUGCAAGCAGUCAGCUUGAUUGCAUCUUCACUUCGAAUGGCAAGUACAGCUACGAUGUAUCGUAGAUUCGAAAGGGAAAAGUUGUGUGGCCGGAAAUAUCCAUGGGGAAAUGAAGUAGAAAAUCAAGAGAAAACAUCUAAUGAAGAUGACAUCGACCAAACAAAUAACAAUGAUCAACACCGGAUAAGUUACGGUCCAAUAAUGAAACAACAGUCAAUCUCUUCGCAGAAGGAGAACGAGGAUCGAGAACAAGCGAAUAGUGAUUUAAUACAAUUUUCCCCGCGUAGUUCAGAAAUCCAAGAACCAUUUUACGAUGAUUACAUAGAUUCGGAUUCAGACAUGAGUUCGGAAGACUUCCCUCCUGUUACCCGUAACGAGAACUAUGACAGCGACGACGAAUACGUUCGACCUAUAUCCAUUAUAGAUCGAGUAGCACCGCGGAGGCGUGACACACAAUACACAAUCGAAAUCGUAGAUGUUCCACCGCCACCGGCGGAACCGGCGCCGCGGCCUGGCUCAUUGGCCGUGUGGGCGGAGAAAUUAGUUGAAAAUGCCGAAUCAAUACCAACCUGGCUGUCUGCACCACCUCGGAGAAAGCACUGGGAAGUAAUUCAGGACGAGCCUGACAUUCCGCGCAGAGUUCCGCGAACCUAUUUGCGAGGUCUACUGCCUCAGGACGCAACUGCUGCGCUUGUUAACUUUUUAGGGUGGUACUCAUUUUUCGUAGCGCGGUUGAUAUCCAUAGCUGCGUUUAUAAAUUUCUUUCCUUUCGUUGCCAUUUUUAUUUUGAUGUGUCAUUAUCAGGUGAUGUUACUAUUUCUAAUAGUACCGCAAGCGAGUACGGUGAAGAGAGCGUUCUAUGUGUUCCUCGCGUUCAUAUACUUGUUCUGCCUUAUGGAGUUUAAGAUUCGUUUCCGCCACGUUCGCGUGUGGCAUGUGUUUUGGAUCAUAGUGUGCACUGUGGAGAUCGUUAUUUUCAUUUCAUUAUGGGCGUCUAUUGACAAUAAUCUUCAUAGUUGGUGGAAAGGUUUUGUUGUAAUUGUGACAAUUAGCAGUAUGCUGUUAAGUUAUAUGCUAUUUAUUGUAUAUUUCUUGCUGUUGCAGCCAAGAGAAACUGUAGUGCAUUUAAAUAGAGUUGUUAAAAAGUAAUAUAAGUAAUAUAAAGUUUAAUUUAGCUACAAUAAUAAAUAGCUACUAAUAUAAAACGGUACCUAUGUAAGAGGUUUUAAGGCCACCGUUGGUUCGUGUUUUAGAAAGAACGACGUUGACAGAUCUAUUUAUUGCUUUUCCUAAGAGAAAACCAAUAAUAGCAUUGCGUAAGGUUUACAUUUACGACUACAACAUUAGUCUCGUAUGUUUUGUUAUAUACCCUAUUCUUCUACGCUGACAUUCCAAAGGUGCAUGGCGUAAUACACUUAUAGCAAUAAACAUGAUGCUUUGUGUUACUCACUUCAAAGAAAUUACUACGGCUGUGAUUGAAGUCUUCCUUUUCGGCAGCUGUACAAUUUUUAACCAUUUCCCCUUUUGCCUUGUUAUUUAUUUGAUGCUAACAACUGCUUUCGAUCUUGUACGAUUGGAUUGAAAGUAGACGCGUGCAGCACGUCAAAGGCUUGCAAUAAAAAGGUUUUAAGUUAGUUUUAAAAUAAACUAUUUGAGACUAGAAGAAUCUGCGAAUGAUUUUAAACAACGAUGGUAGUAGAAGGUGGGUUUUGCACACCUUAAUAGCAUACGUAGGAUAGGAUUGUUGUUUUUUAUUUACCAUGAGCACUUUUCUUAAAUGCCCGUGGAUUAAAAUGAUUCGAAGUUGUUUUGAAAUACGCUGGACAGCGUCGGAACUAUAUAGUACUUUCUUGUUUCAAUUUAGAUAUUCGCGCUAUGAUCCGAAAUAAACGAAACAAGUAUCCAGUUAUGGUUUUAACUAUGUAGGCAAGUGUCCUUUAAUUUAUGUGUUAUUAAACGCGUUCGACUUCUCAGUAUUCACAAUACCUAUUCUUAUGUAAGCAAUUAACUAAAUAUUAAACUUAGAUAUGAAAUAACAUAUGCACUUAUACCUACUCCAGAGUCGGGUGGAUUACCCAUACGAUGAGCCUUUUAUCAUAACACAGAUCGUCAUUCAUUCAUAAGCAGUUGAUGAUGCGAAUCGUAAUUUUUUUAGUCGAAUUAUAAUUUUGUCGGAUGCUCUAUAGAGAUUAGUCAUAAGUUAUUUUUAGAUGAAAAAGAAUGACAGACAUCAC